AUGUCAUGUAAUGGAAAUUGUUCGUGUACGAAUGGUAAACUGUCAUUAAAUAAACAACAAACUAAUACCAAUAAUCAGAACAACCCGCUAAGUGAUGACUAUUUAUCAGAUGAUGAUGGAGAGGACAAGAUCAUUCCUAAUAAUGAUAUAAUUAGAACUCAUUAUAAACAAGGUUAUGUUGAUGGGAUAACAAAUGCUAAGGAAACUUCAUUACAAGAUGGCUUUGAUGAUGGGUUUCCUAAAGGUGCAGAAUUGGGAAUUGAAGUUGGUAGAAUACUUUCGAAAUUAAAACAAUCGAAUGAUGAAUUUAAUGAAGCAAAGAAAGAGUUGAAUAUUACAAAUGUUUUAAAUAUGAAAUAUUUUGAUGAUGGUUUUAAUUUAAUAAAGUCUCCUCAUGAAUUAAUAGUUAAAUACACACAAAAACCAUGA